GCUUUGUGUGUUUUCUCCUCUGCCUGCAUGAGAGGAAGUGUGCCUUUCCUGCCAGGGGAGGGUCCUGGAUUAACACUGCUCUCUCUGCCUCAUACCAAACACUCCUGCUGCCGAAGGAUAUAUUGAAGCCAGACUGGCUGCCCUCCUAGCGCAGUCUGACGGCUGCUGUCCUUUACCUUGGCAGACUGCAGUGGGGGAACAAGAAGGAGGAGAUUGUUUUCCCUUGCUCUGUGGGGGUAGGAAGAGAGAACGCUAACUUUUUACCAAAGCUGGUGGUUUUGUUGCCGUAGAGGGAGGAAAAAGAGAAGAAGCAAAGGCAGAGAAAGAGAGACAAUCUUUUGUUAGGCUAAAUGGCCCAGUGGGAGAGAUGCACAAGGUUUUAACGCAGCAUGUCCAUUGGAGGGAGACACCCAGAGGCCGAGACAGGAUUCGUUCCGAGUGUUCAAGACUUUGAUAAGAAGCUCGCUGAAGCUGAUGCCUACCUGCAGAUUCUGAUUGACCAGUUAAAGCUGUUUGAUGAGAAGAUCAAGGACUGCAAAGAGGAUGAAUCACGCAGAAAAAUUGAAAAUUUGAAAGAGACUACUUGUAGUAUGGUAGAGUCCAUCAAGCACUGCAUUGUACUGCUGCAAAUCGCAAAGGACCAAAGUAACGAACAGCAACACGCAAACGGACUUAUAAGCACCAUCAACCCAGUGGAUGGGAUCUUCCAGCCACCUCUGGACAGCCCUGUAAUCGACAGCACGAUGCCAACACAGAACACACUACCUACAGACGCUUCUCAGGUGUGUAAAUCAGAGCAACGACCUUCCACGUUACCUGUUGGUCCCGUUGUCACGGUGAUGGGCAGUCUGCAAACCCCAACUCCCAACAGCACAGGGAGCGGUCCAUCAGGCCCCAGCAGCGGCGGCGCCUCCCCGGGUCUCAUCCCCCUGCCCUCGCACUCGGUGCCAGAUUUCUCCUAUUCCUCCAGCGAGGAUGAGUUCUACGACGCUGAUGAGUUUUACCAGAGCACCACUUCCCCGAAACACUGCAAAGAUCCCUCAGGGCCUGCAGCCGCCCAGCCUCUCUCUAGUAAAGACACAGCGUUGAAACGACCAGACACCACCGAGUCCCUCAACUCGUCCAUGUCCAAUGGAACCACAGAAGCAGAUGCGUUUGAUAGCCAUGACGACCAUGAUGACGGAGAGGGCGAGUCCGUGGAGGAGCACAAGAGCGUCAUCAUGCAUCUGCUGUCACAAGUUCGUCUGGGCAUGGACCUCACAAAGGUGGUCCUGCCAACCUUCAUCCUAGAGAGGAGAUCUUUGUUAGAAAUGUAUGCAGACUUCUUUGCACAUCCCGACUUAUUUGUAAGUAUUGCUGAGCAGGAGGAGCCCCGGGACCGCAUGGUUCAGGUGGUGAAGUGGUACCUGUCUGCCUUCCACGCAGGGAGGAAAGGCUCAGUGGCCAAGAAACCUUACAAUCCAAUCCUGGGAGAAGUUUUCUACUGCCACUGGGAUCUGCCCACAGAGGCAGAGGAGCCACCCCCACCCACGGAGACAAUAUCAGAGGGUCCAGUUCCCUGGUCUUCAUCCAACAGCGUGUGUUUUGUGGCAGAGCAGGUCUCUCACCACCCCCCCAUUUCUGCAUUUUACGCAGAGUGUUUAAAUAACAAGAUCCAGUUCAACGCUCACAUCUGGACUAAGUCAAAGUUCUUAGGCAUGUCCAUAGGUGUCCACAACAUCGGCCAAGGCUGUGUAUCAUGUUUGGAGCAUGAUGAACAUUACAUUCUCAACUUUCCUAAUGGAUACGGCAGGUCGAUCCUGACAGUGCCGUGGGUGGAGCUGGGCGGGGAGUGCAACAUCUCCUGCUCCAAGUCGGGCUACAGUGCAAACAUAGUGUUCCACACCAAACCCUUCUACGGAGGGAAGAAGCACAGGAUCACUGCUGAGAUUUUUCCACCUAAUGAUAAGAAGUCUUACUGCUCCAUUGAAGGGGAGUGGAAUGGAGUGAUGUACGCCAAGUGGGCGAAUGGAGAGAACACAGUGUUCAUCGACACGAGGAGGAUAGGUAUCAUCAAGAAGAAAGUGAGAAAGCUGGAAGACCAGCUUGAUUACGAGUCCAGAAGAUUGUGGAGAGAUGUGACGCUGAACCUGAAGCUGAGAGACAUCGAUUCAGCGACAGACGCCAAACACCGGUUGGAGGAGAAACAGCGAGCUGAAGCACGAGAGAGGAAGGAGAACGAGCAGCAGUGGGAGACGAGGCUAUUCCACGAGGACGGCGAGGUCUGGGUCUACGACGAGCCUCUAUUAAAGAGAUUAGUCUCUCCGAGGCAAUGAGGAGACGACGCACACUCUGACACAAACACACAAACGUAUGCAUCAAGAAAUGCACACACAGCAGAGUCUUCAUAAGAACUCUUUUGCAAAAAAACACUUCUUAUCCAAGCCUUGGAAUGAUUGAUGAUUGAUGAUGUACACAGCUUUGCGUCUGACUGUAAAACAACCAUAUGGAAGUGAAUGAAUUCGAGCAGGAAAAGCACCGAAGAUGUAACAUGAAAAUUAGUGAAUCUUCUUCUCCUUAUUUUGGGCAAACUCAGCUUUCAACGCCAUCGAGACCCGCCAUCACGAGGCCUGUCGGUGCACAGAGAAGGGACAGGAGCGUUUCUCCACUCUGCCCGUCAGCUUCAUGACCACACCCAUCGUCUGCUCCACACACAUGGUUUUUGUUGGGAGGGGGGGGUACAGGGGUGUGUGGUUGGUGUUCAAAUCAAAUACAACAGCGCUCUACAUCUCAGGGAAUCUGGUGACUGAGGAAAAAUAAAGCUGCUGCCCCCUCUGAGAGUCUGACAGCCUUAGCAGGUGGAACGGAUUCAUCUUAAAGGGGCAGGGGAGAAAUUCUCUGCUUGCCUACAACUAGUUAUAACUGUUGUUUAUAUAUAGAUAUGAUAUACAUAUGAUGGAUAUAUAAAUAUAUAUUCUUUUUUAUUUUCAAUGCUCUUUUUUUCGUUUCUUUUUCUUUUUGGCAAUAGUGUAAAAUAUUUGAGGAUAUAAACUUGAUGGCUUUACAUCUUUAGGAAUCAUUCCAUUUUUUUUUUUCUGUUCCCAUUUAAAAGUUGAGUCUCCACAUAUUUGGUCCUCAGAGUUCUGUGUGUCGAGUGUUACCAAGAAGCAAAGCCCUGCGUAACACACAGCACAGAUAAAUGGAAUAUAUGCAAUAUAGAAAUACUUUCCAUCGCCUGUCACUGGACACAUCUGUACAUCCGUUAUGCCAAAAAAACGAUUUAGAGAAUAGGUUGAAGAGAACAAACUAUCCCCUAAAAAAGCAGAUGUUUCCAUGCUACCUGAAGGCAUUUAUGAACGAACGAUUGUUGACAUAUUUUUGUCUUUCUGGAUUGCUUGUCUGUGAUGAGGAUGUAAAAGUUGGACUUAGUCUGUGACGUCUCCCUUUCUGUUGUGCACUUCACGUGUCCCUGUGUCCUCUCCGAACCCGCUGACUCCACAGUGGAUCACCUUGAUGACCGCUCCUGUGUCGUCGGAGGCUGACGAGAGGGAUACAGAGAGGAACCUGAGGUUCUGCAUUCUGCUGGUUCAGUCUCCUUGUCAUCUUGUGGUAUUUUUGUCCAUGAGAACAACGUAGAGAGCGCUAUUCACCCCUGUUGUUCACCUCGGACCAUUCAUCAUUCAUUCUCUUAUUUCAAGCUGGAUCUAAAUGCUGUCAUAUUUGUAUUAGAUACAGAAAUUGAAAAAAGAGACAGAAUUCACCUGAAAAUGCCUGAGAACAUCUUUUAAUGCUGCAGCAACGACCCCCUAGAACCGUUGUGUUGUUUCUCCAAGAUAUUUGGUCAUAACUUUUAAUAAACUGAUCACAUCAAUAGUCACUAAAUUAAAUUAAUCUGUAGAAGCAGUUAAAAAAAAGACAUUCCUGAUGCAUUAUGUGCAUCCAGUGACAUACAAAUUGAAGAGGGAAAUACUUGUGUUUGCUGCAAUCGAAUUGAAUCCUCUAAAUCGGACUAAAAUGCUUUUUGAAACAACCCAGUCCAAGCUCAACAUGAAGCUACUAUUUAGUUUAUUUUCUCUUCCAUGAUUUGUCUUAGUAAAUUAUAUUGAAUCGAGGCCUUGCCAUACAUUUCAGUAUCACUCAUUGUCGCCUGAUAGAGAGUAAUCAAGACAAAUGUAUUUUUUAAUUUCCUUCUGAUCAUAACCAUUGAUUGUAUCAGAUCCUCCUGUUUAUUGAUGCAUAAUAUUAAAUCUCCAUGAGUUUA